CGUGGUUCGAAAAUAUAGUUUCCGACAAGGCCACUAUAUUUCCGCCGCUUGAGGUUCUCCGCAGCCGCAGCGGCAGCAGCAGCACAGCACGCAGAACUUGCAAGACGACAAUGUUUGCUCAACUCUUUACAUUGGUCUGCGCUUGCGCUCUAGGCAGCACCAGUCAAUUACCACCAUAUGUGGAUUAUGAAAUGGCAAUACAAUCAGCUCUCACAACGUUGGAGGAAAAUGUCUUAUCAGUCGAUGGAGAUAUACCUCAACUGGACGACCCCAAACGUCAUUAUAUACCAAUUAUAAAUGUAAUUCUUGAAGGGGCAAAGCGCAGGGAUGGCUGUUUUAUUCCUGACUAUGAUGGACAGUACCCUGAAAUUGUGAACGCAUCAUUAGCACAGGGCCUCGCCAAUCCACAAGGCGUUGUUACUGAACUCAGCGAGCUUAUCGAAGUUCUACGCAAUAUAACUAAACAGAUAGUUAACAUGGUUGAACCAUAUUUAAAGGAGGAAUCUUCAGAACAUGCUGAUGAGUUAAUAUCCGAAGGCAUUAUAUUGAAGCAGAAUCUUGAGAAGGAAAAUGACGUAUACCUUGCUGUCGGUGCAGCUGCACAAGCAUUAGAUAAAAUAAAUCCCUUCUUACUGGAAACGGCACUGAACUACACCACAACUACAUUCGCAGUUGAGGAUAAAGAAUACGUACUUAAAGAUGCUAUUGAGAAGACUGCUAAUGUUUAUCGAUCGGUCAAAACCUGGAGAGGAUUAGUUGGCUGCUAUUAAAAUCCUUUCGUAAUUAGCAUCUGUUGUAAAAUUAUUUGUGAACAGUAUUUUUGUCUUCUACAUGAAAUAAAUACUUUUGCCUGAA